CGAUGGAAGCCUCUGGGUCGAGAAAUUGCGCCAACUUUGAAGAAAAAAAUUCCAAAGAGUCAAUCGAGAGCCUGUGGGAAGAUAUUGAUGAUGGCGUUUUAUCAGAUAUAGUGCUUGAUAAAAGAUCUUAUGAAGAGCAAGAUAAUGAUUCAGCAGCUCCACCUGAAGUAAUACAAGUCAGCAAGAAGUUAAAAACAACUACUAGACCAUUGGAUCUCUUCUCCCCUGGUCGCGGAUACCUGUGGGUUUCUUCAUUAACGGCACAGAUGUGGUGUGAGCAGAAAUUACAUUACAGCCUCACUCUGCCAGUAGUGGAGGUGGAAAAACCAGCAAUAAGUAAAGGGACAGACUUGCAUCUUGCAAGAGAACUUGCAGAUCAUGAUGUGGUUAAAAUAAAAGUUACUUCCAAUGAAGAUAUCUGGGCAGCAAAACUACUCAAUCUUUACUCUCCAGUAAUCAGUUUUCUGCUUGGAACAAAGAUGAGGAGAGAAAUACCCAUAUUUGGAUUUCCAUUUAGUCACAAUGUUUUUGUAAUAGGAUUGAUAGACGAAAUACAGUUUGACCCAGAAACAUUUACUUUUGACAUCUUGGAAUUAAAGACGCGGUCUUCUUCUAGAACAUUGCCAUCAAAAGCUCAGAGCAAAUCUCACUCUUUACAAGUCAUGCUUUACAAGAAGCUAUUUGACGAUUUGGUAAAAGGUCAAAUUACAAAAUAUUCUGUGGCACAGCAUUUGCGUCUUGAACUGGACAAAAACUUUGGAGAAGACAUUAAUAACAGUAUUACAGAACAUGGGUUAUCUUGUCUUAAUUUAUCAGAACUUAUGGACUGUGUAUUUGAGAAAAUGAAGAGCCUUACCUGCAUAAACCAGUUGCUUCUCGAAUACUGCUUUCAAGAAGACAAUUCCACUAUUGGUAUAACAGAGGUGAAGUACAAUGAAGAGUGGUUAAAGGAGACAUGUGAUCAUUACAUGAAGUAUUGGAAAGGGGAAAGGCCAGUUGAAGGAGUAGAUAUUGAAGAAGCCUUCAAGUGCCAGUCUUGUGAAUUUGCAGAAGUUUGUGAAUGGAGAGAGAAAAAAUCAAAGGAACUAGCAAGAAAGAACUCAGCAAAUUCCCUAAAAUAAUACAAUUUUCAACCACUCCAAGCAUCAGCCAACGACUGGAUAUGAAGUGGGUAAAAGUAUUGUUCUUGAUGUUUCUUAAUCGGCUACAGAGAUGACCACAGGGGCGCAGGCUAUGGUGGUUGGUGGUCACUGAGAAGACAGGCUGAGGGGAAGAUGAGGUUACUGUGGGGAUCGAGUAGGAUACAGGGAUCGUGAUAGAGGGUAUGGCAGUAAGGGUGGUUACAGAAAUGAUGACAGAGACAGAUGUGAGCACAGAGGAGGAUUUCGAGGUGGUCCUAGGCCAAGAAGAGAUAGUGAUGGAAAUGGAGGAGCAGCAGAGCUGACGGAAUCAUCUACAUGUAUAGGCAAUAGGACUAUAAAAAAUAACUUACAUUUAAAGAUCUCUGUAAAUUACAUCCCAUAUGAACCAGUCAGUCACCUGAAGUGAUCCAGCCUAUAAGGUUGCCACUUUCAGUCUUAAAUAUGGUCACAAAUUUCAAAGCGCUUGUUUCUGGUGGAGUCCUGGGCUUGUUUCCAAGUUUGGUUAUAUCAAAGACCAUAAUAAAAAGGUUCUCGUUGUCUCCUAAUUAAGUAAGCACUUGGCACAUAGAGGCUGAAGCAGAGGUAAAGACCUGGCCCCUGUUAUGAGGAUAUCAAGCUAUAAAUCUAACCUUUACUUUAACCUGAGAUAAUUCUAUUGCUUUAUUACUUUGAUAAUAACAAAAUUUAGGUUUGGUUUUCAUUGUCUGAGAAUAUUUUGGACUAUCUUACAACAGCUUAUGUAAGUACAAAUUAAAUGUUAAAUAUGACACAUUUUCAAACACAUCUACAGAAGGUGCAGCUGCCAGGCAAAAGUUAAAAGUGCUCCCUGGAACCAAGAAACACCCUGUUGCCCAAUCAGGACCUUCUAGAAAUUCGAGUAUAUUUGGCUCUGGAAAACAAAGGGAGGCCAAACCAGAUGAUUACACAGGCAGUGAUGAAACAUCACAUUUGUAAAAAGGAGAAAAACAGUAUAUUGAAUAACAGGUACAGAUGUUUUGCCUUUAUAAUGUGAAAUAAUGAUCUAGGUUUUUGCUGGCUUGUAAAUUUUUUGAUAAGUGACAAAAAUGAUUUGAUAAAAUGCUAACAAAAUGAAAACUGAGUAAUUUUAGAGAUUAAGGAAAUGAUUUUUGACUUGGUUCAUGUUGAGUAAAGGCUUUUGUCUCAAUUGCAUUUAGUUUCAGUUUUUAUGCCAGUGAACAGUAGGUCAGCUGAUACCCUUUUGUAGGAUUGAAUAAACAAAGAGAAAAAAAAAAAAAGAUCUGCAGGAAGUCUAUAGAUACAUUGGCAACAGGAAUGAUUGCAUGAUUCAGUAUAGUUCAGGGUAAAGGGCCAAAAUACUAAGUUGAAGAUUUAAAAAAUGGUCUCUUUAGUUGAAACUGUAACUGUCCUAGUUGCAGUGCAAUGUAAGCAUAUCUUCUGGCCAUUGCAGAUAGUAGUGUUGUUGUAUGAGAUAUGAAUGUCAGAUACUUUUUCACUGCUCCUUAACAGCUGUCGUAUUAGAAUUCCAGUAUACUGAAAUGAAUCGUGUCUAAGUAUCAGUAACAUGGAUGGAAUCUUCAAGCUGUUGCCAGGGCAUUGCGGAAAUCACAACACAAUUUGUUCUAAAACAAUGCAAUUGUAUUAUUUUUGGAAAUACCAGAUUUUGUUUAAAUGUAAAUUGUGAUUUAGUUUCGUGUUGCCUCAUGUAGAUAUAAGAGACUUCAUUGAAGUUCGAAUGACUUUGGACAAAUUGAUAAAUGUCAAGACUCGAUUCAAAAUAGCAACUAACAUUAUUAGAAUGAAUGAUAAGAAUUCAUUUUCAAAAUCAAGAAUACAUUUCUAAAGGUAAAUAAAGAAUUGAAACAUUAGUUUAUAUCUUGAUU